GGAUAUUGCGUGAUGUUCCUGGUCGGACCGUUUACGCGGUUGCACGCUGUGUCAGUAGCCAACAUGGCGUCCGGAUACAUACUAAAUCGUGGUGUCCUAACAUUAGGAAUUCACUGUCAGCGUGUUUGCAGAAACGUGUCAUUAUCUCAGGUUAGAGAGAAAAAGCGAUGGAUGAAGGCCUACACAUACCUCAUGGCCAAGAAGUUAAAGUUGGAAGGACCUCCGCCACCGAACCCGCGGUCUCAACAGCCUCACUGGGAUCACCACGCCGAGGUUCAGGCGUUCAGCAGCCGCCUCCACGAGAACUUCUCCCUUGAGGUGCUGAAGACGGCCUUCAUCAAUCCGUGUUACCUGCAGGCGGAGCACAAGAGGAGACAGGGGCUAGGCGUGGGAGCUGAGUCCACUGCCCUUGCUCUGGAAGAUAAUGUUCAGCUCAGUGAGAAGGGAGCGAGCUUCACUAGAAGCUUCCUGACCGACUGGUGCAGGGCCAGCUUCCCGAUCCUGCCGAGCGACGGGGUGGAAAGCGUCGUCAGGCACCUCGCCAGUACGGGAGUUGUGACCUAUGUAGCGAGAAAUCUUGGCGUUGGUGACUUGGCCAUGAGUGCGGAGUGUCCUGUUCCCGACGACGUGCUUCAUUCGACGUUCAUGGCGGUAGUUGGAGCUCUACUGGAGAGCAGUGGAGCAGAGAAAACUGGAUUGUUCCUCAGGGAUUUCCUGGGCCCUCAGCUGAUCGGGAAGGACCUGUUUGAUAUGUGGAAGGUAGUCAACCCCAUGGGACUGUUGGUGGAGGAGCUUACUGAGAGGAACGUUCCGCUGCCAGAGCCUCGCCUCAUCAGGGCCGCUGGAGCCAGUACUGUCCUGCCACUAUACUUUGUUGGCCUGUACAGCAACCAGAAGCUUCUGGCUCAGGGUCCAGGAGAGACACUUGCAGCAGCUGAGGAAGAGGCAGCUCGUGUGGCCCUCCGGAUACUCUACGGCUACACCGAGAACCGCAGACCCCUUGAUUUCUCUCCACUACAACAACAUCAGCAGCCAUUAAAUCAAUCAAUCAGCAGCAACUAAUGAAAUACCAAAACUUGAUAGACAGGGGUCGGGGCAGUUAGAACCGGAAAGUAGCAUGAAUCUACUAAAGAGAUUAUUUGAGAUAAAGCACAUCUCGUUUGUGGAUUACAGACUUGCUACCGAUCGUAGGGAGAAAGGUAAAUGAUGUUGCCAUUUACCUUUUUAUUGGAGAUCAGUCCAAUUUAUCAAAGUUGUUUUCUUUAGGUGUAUAAAAAUGAGAGCAAAUUAAACCUGUUCAUGUACAAUGUGACUACGAUGUAAGAUCCAGGCUAUAACUCUCAGACAGAAAUCUGAGCCUUUAAAAGUGGUAUCACAUUUUUACAAGAGUAAAGUGACUGAUGACCUAUUGGUUCAGCAGUCCAUGGCAGACAAUGAUCGGGAUAUCUGGUUGUAUAAAUGCCAUUUGGUUUACUUGGUAAUCUGUGACUGUAAUAAAAAGUAAUAAAUGUACAAAA